AUCGCUUUUCUUUAUGAUGCAUUUGUAUUUUUUUCAGAAAGUCACUGCAGAGGUUCGAGAAUUCUUAAGCCAGUUGAAGGAGAAAGUUCUCAUUGGUGUUGUUGGAGGAUCUGACUUGGUAAAAAUUGCAGAGCAGAUGGGAGGAAAUGACUACUGUAAGUCAAUAUAUCUUUUUCUAAAUGCUAAUUCAAAAGUAGUAGGCUACUUAGGCCUGAAUAUGUGUUGCUUCAUUUUCCUCAUCUGGCCCACCUCAUCCUCCAUCCCAUUGCCCUUCAUCAAACCAAGUCCUUCCUCCCGCACCCGCGCCCCCCUCAUCUACCCGUGUCCGGGACUCCAAUCCUCCCCCUCCUCCACACUCCCCUUAAAAAAAAAGCUGCAGUCGCAGGACCGCAGCAUUACAAAAGAGAGACAACGACCUAGGACCAAAAAGAAAUGCAAAAAGUUACAUUUUAUACUGAUGAUAAACGCUUAUAGAGUGGAUUUGUCAACCCCAAGUUUAACUGGCUUGCGCAGUCAUUCGAUAAAUAAUGGAAAGCAAAAGCUGAGUAUUGCUCUUUCUGGAAAAGCUGGUAUUGACUUCUGUCGAAAUGUGUUAAUGCCUUAUCUGUUUAUUAUGCUGGUGCUAUGUUGUGUGAGUAAAAACAGACUUCUUGCAAUUUUUUUUUCUUUCAGGGGAACAUUCAUUGAGUUUAGAAGUUCCAUGAUAAAUAUUUGUCCUGUUGGCAGAAGUUGCUCUCAAGAGGAAAGAAAUCAGUUUGCACAGUUCGAUCAGGAGAACAAUAUACGACAGGCCUUUGUAGAUGCACUCAGAAAAGAAUUCCCGGACUCAGGGCUGGAGUUUGCCAUUGGAGGACAAAUCAGCAUUGAUGUAUUUCCCAUAGGAUGGGAUAAACGAUACUGUCUUCAGUACCUAGAGAAGGAUGGCAUCAAAACAAUACAUUUCUUUGGAGACAAAACUGGAAAGGUAUGGUCUGUAGUUUAUACGAUUAAUGGUUAUUCAUUGAUUUGAAAAUAAAAAAUUAGA